AUGAGGGCCGUGGCCGACUUUGACCCUGAAUGGUCUGGCCUCAACUCGACAAAUGGAAAGAGGCCCACAGUAGCCCUUUCAGAUCUCGGGUGGAGCAGAACAUGGCGCCGGCGCCUUCUUGGAACUCCUGGGUGGCUUCGAGAGGUGCUCCUGCAGGACGCUGUCUUCCUUCGCGAGUCCUACCCCGACCAUCCUAUCUUUCAGGAUCCGGUCUUCUCUUGCCCCGAGUUUGAAGCGUUCGCCAGCAAAGUUCAAGACACAUGCACACGGGACCACGAAGACAGCCAUACCACGACCUUUGGGGCUUCUUACGAACUAUGCACAAAGUUGGAUGAGUUUGCGCAGGCCACCUACACCGUCACCUUCAGCCCCGGCCAAGGUGCUGCAGGUCAACAUGCGGAGAUCGCGGAGCUCAUCAACAGAGGCGCCGCGCUCCACGAGAGACGGUCCUCAGAGCAGCAGCAGGGAAUGGUGCAAGCGGGCCGGGGCAAGCCCAGGGAAGAGCGCAUGGCGAGCCGCCUGGGCCGCGCGAACCUCCGAGCUUCAAGCCCCCGUUCUGUCAAAUCUGUACAGGAGCUGCUGCGUCUCUGGCGGCAGGGCUGGGGCGAAAUGCCUUCUGUGGAUUCUCUUGAGCGAGACUGGGGUGCUCGAUGGCGGCCAUCUGCAGAGAAGAAUUACUUUUCCACGCGCAAGAUCAUCGUCGAUGAGGUUCGGAGGCGGGCCCAGUCGGACGGCAACUGA